GUAAUACUUCCGACCAAUACUUGGCAGCGCCUUGCUACAAUCAAAGCGCAUCUACAAUAUGCGGAAAACAAAAUAUGGGUUUUGCCCGCCGUUCCUGGCCCUUGGUAUAUAACUGUACCAUCUUUCGUCUGGGUUGAUCUCGUUCCACUUCUCCGUCCAAUAUGGCUACAUAUGCUCUGCAUUACCAUCCUACAACAACUACCCUGACUCUUGGAGACGCGAGCACCCUUCACGAUGAAACUGUACCAAGCGUGGUGGUCGAGAAAAAGGUCAAUGCAGACCCGUUUCUCGUCACUUUGGAUCCAGACGAGCCUGAGAAUCCUGAUAGCUGGUCGCGCCUAAAGAGGUGGUCUAUCACGAUUCUAGGUGGUAUAUUGGUAUUGAACGCAACGUUUGCAAGUUCCGCUCCAUCAGGAAUUUUGCCCAGGUUAAUGGAAAAAUAUACAUUCUCCGAGCAAGUUGGUGUGCUCGUAAUAUCCCUCUUCGUAGCGGGAUUUUGUGUUGGGCCUAUUCUAUGGGGGCCUCUAUCAGAAGAGUUUGGAAGACGGCCUAUAUUUAUUGUCACGUUUUUUGUGUACAUGUGUUUUCAAAUUGGCAUGGCUCUAUCACAGAACACAGCAUCUCUGCUGGUAUUCCGCUUUCUUGGUGGUAUCUUCGCGUCUGGACCUCUGACCAACUCUGGGGCUAUUAUAUCAGAUAUGUGGGGUGAUAAGGAUCGUGGAAAGGCGCUAGCCGUCUUCGUUAUUGCUCCAUUUGCAGGGCCCUCCUUGGGUCCCAUCGUUUCCGGGUUCAUCUCAGUUGGCGGCGCGUCAUGGCGCUGGCUGUUCUGGGUUUUGACCAUCUUUGCCGGUGUUUGCUGGAUACUUAUCCUUAUAAUGAUUCCGGAGACCUACAAGCCUCUCCUUCGAGUAUGGAAGGCUCGCAGAUUGAGGAAAGAAACUGGAGAUGAUCGAUACUACGCGCCAAUGGAAAGAGAUACAAAGACCAUGGCGCAACAGGUAGAGCAUGUCUUAGCCAGGCCCUUUAAAAUCCUGGUACAAGAACCUAUGCUCAUUGCUAGCACAAUUUAUAUGAGCUUCGUCUAUGGCUGCCUAUACCUGCUCUUUGAGGCGUAUCCUAUCGUCUUCACAAAAGGACAUCAUUUUAGCGCCGGGAUCACCGGCCUUGCAUUCCUCCCAAUCCUCAUUGGCGCCGCCAGCGCUGUCGUCGUUUAUCUGGCAAUUUUCAAUCCCCAAUAUGAGCGGCUCAUGGAACAAUUUAGUCCUCAUCCUGUUCCACCGGAACAUCGCCUGACUAUGUCCCUAUAUGCCUCGCCGCUCUUUGCAAUAUCUUUUUUUUGGUUCGGAUGGACAAGCUAUCCGGACGUAACAUAUUGGUCGCCAUUGUUGUCUGGCGCCCUGAUAGGCUUUUCAAUCAUGGGAAUAUUUUUAAGCUUCUUUAACUAUAUCAUAGACACGUAUCUCGGUAUCGCAGCGUCAGCACUAGCAGCCAACACUAUCUGUCGUAGCCUUUUCGGUGCAGCAUUUCCCCAAUUUGCCAAUCAGAUGUACGAGGCCUUGACUCCACGAUGGGCGUCCUCCUUGGUAGGCUUCGUAGCCCUGGCCAUGGUUCCCAUACCUUUUAUUUUCAUAAAGUAUGGGGCCAGACUUCGUGCCAGGUCGAAGUAUGCUCCCGUGGAACAUACCGCUCCGCUCCCGGCCUCUUCUCGGACGAAAGAAUCUGACAGUUCUGCAGCAUGACGAUGUAGACUAGGAUUGUUUUGGAAUCCACGGACCGUGUAUGGAGUACUGUACCUCAUUCAUAAUCACUGUAGCACAUUGUAGACAUAUUUUAUUGCAUAAUUUCAACCGCAGCAUC